AUGGCGAUCGUACUUCACUUCAUCCUACUCUUGACAGCGAUCGCCACAGCCGUCGAUGAUACCAGCAGAGAGGCUAAGACCACGAUGCUGAGGGUGGACGGUAACCUUAUGGAAAUACCACUCUCGCCCGGAGGGCCAUACAACACCAGUGGUGGUCCGAUCAUUGAUGACCCCCGCGUUAUCAAUUUUGCUGCCAAGGUACACUUGGUUCCCCACACCCAUAACGACCUUGGAUGGUUGAAGACUGUAGACCAGUACUUUGCUGGCAGCCGAAACGCCAUCCAGAACGCUAACGUCGGGCUCAUACUAGAUUCGGUUAUCGCCGAGCUACAACUGGACAAAAACAGAAAAUUCAUCUACGUCGAGAUAGCGUUCUUCGUCCGAUGGUGGAGACGACAGUCCCAAGCCACAAAGAGAAUCGUGAGGCAACUGGUGGCUGAAGGCCGACUCGAGUUCAUCAAUGCUGGUUGGGUCAUGAACGAUGAGGCCGCAACUCUGUACACUGAUAUCAUCGACCAACACACUGCAGGCGCACUGAAGAUCGCUACAGAGUUCUCCACGGAUGCCUCUCCUCGAGUGGGAUGGCAAAUAGAUCCCUUUGGUCACUCCAGUUUCCAGAAUAAAGCCUUUAGGGAGAUGUGCUUCGAUGGUUGGCUUGUUGGCCGAGCUGAUGCUCAAGACAUGGCGAUAAGAGAGGCUACUGGAGCUCUUGAGAUGGUGAUCCCGUUCCCAUUCAAAAUGGACGGUGUAAAAGUCUACAGGUACUCUCCUCCCACAGGAUUCAAUUUCGAUGUGCUCGGUUAUGAUCCACCUGUACAGGAUGACCCCAUGCUUGAGGACGUCAACGUCACGCAUAAGUUGGACUCCCUGCGCGAUGUGAGGCCUCCUCUGGCAGGAAGGCUCAUGAACGGAGAGAGUGGGAAAAGCCAGAAUAUCAUCCUAACGAUGGGUAUGGAUUUCAACUACCAACAGGCGAAGACUUGGUUUCAAAACAUGGACAAGCUCAUUCACUAUUCGAAGUUAGUGGCCGACCAGCAGCUGAGCAACCCGAGAGAUAGCAGUCACAUUCUCAACGUCUUCUACAGUAAUCCGAGGAUCUACAUCAAGUCCCGCCAUGCGCAAUAUGAUGGUGGUGUCGGCCUCCCUAUUAAAGACAGCGAUGAGGACUUUUUCCCUUACGGAGAUGGAUACUUUACAUCUCGGCCCAACUUUAAGGGUAUGGUCCGAGGCGCGGGUAGGACUUAUACUGCCGCGAGGCAGUUGGUGGCCACAGCCGUCCACAGAGCUCAACAGGAUCAACUCCGGAGUCUUGAGAGGAUGACCGACGCUGUUGGUAUAGCUCAGCAUCAUGAUGCUAUUACUGGCACCGAGAAGCAGCAUGUUGAUGAUGACUACUGUAAGAAACUGCACGAGGCAACAGAAGGGGUUAUGGAAUCCAUUGUCAUCCCCGAGACCAUGUCGAGGUUUGGUCUUACCAAUGGUGGUGGCUACUGCCCUCUCCUCAAUGAGAGUAUAUGUUCCUGGACCGAAGAACUUUCGACAAGACCCUUCUCGGUUUUGAUAGCGGUCUACAAUCCCCUUAGUCACCCCAUCACCUCCGUCGUAUCGGUGCCCAUUGCGUCACCGAAGCAAGAAGCGGAGUCUCCCGAGGCUGAUGAUAGUAUCGAGCGUCAUUCGGUUCAGAGAAGCCUUAUGGGGUCAUUGAAGCGCCACUGCCAAGGGGUGGCAGUCGCUGUUGAGAAGGCGGCAAGCAGGCAGAGUGUAAAGAGCUGGGUGACUGAUAACGACCACCAUCGUGGCACCCCUACCCCUACACUAUAUUUCACAGCAGAGGAUGUCCCUCCAAUGGGGUCGGCAAUCUACCGGAUCACUUCCGGAGCCAACGGGCACACAGCAACCUGCCCACAACAAGAGCAACAGCCUAGUGGCCGGUUCUCUGCCCCGUCCAGAACAACUGUUGGCAACGAAAACUAUAAGCUAUUUUAUCAAGGAGAUGGGGGCAGUGGGGGACCGUACCGCUUCACUUUGAAGAACUUGAAGGCUGGUUUAGAGGUAAAGUUUAACGUCACCCUUGCAUACUAUGAAAGCUCUGUGGGUUAUGGCGGUGACAUUUACGGACGUCAAGGCCAAGCCUCGGGGGCCUACAUAUUCCGACCCGAUUGUCCGGAGGCACCAUAUGUUAGAUCGAUUCGAUCCUGCCGACCGGAGGUGGCCUUCAGUCCUACAAUGCUCAUGGGCCAAGCUGAUGAUGGGAAUACACUGCGGGUGAAUAUUGCUCAACAAUCAUUAGAGAAAGAGGAUGAGGGAGAUUCGCCAGCUCUCAUCGGGAGCUUAUCUUUGAGCAUCUCGCCGAAGGAGUCUGCUGUGGUGAUAUCGUGGGAUGUGGCGAUCGACGUUGGCGACGGUGUUGGGAAGGAGGCCGUCCUUCUACUGGACACGGACAUCAAUAAUCAUGAUGGAGACUUCGUCACGGACAGCAACGGUAGGGAUUGGGUACAUCGCAGGGUCAACUACCGCAAGGAUUGGCAGCUGAAUGUUACCGAUCCCGUGGCCAUGAACUAUUACCCGAUUAACUCAGGCCUGAGGAUUUCCGAUCAGGUCGGUGAAGGGAGUAACGCUCGGCAGCUCACUCUUGUGCCCGAUCGAGCUCAUGGUGGAGCCUCACUGCUACCAGGCCAACUCGAGAUAAUGAUCCAUAGGAGAACGCUAGUUGACGAUGGCCGAGGCGUUGGAGAGCCUUUGGAUGAGGUAGACUGUGUAGAGUCAUUGUGCCUGCCUAAAUUGGUAACGGGUGAGACGCGCCUCCUGCUAGAGCCCAUGAGAACGUCGACGACCGAAGAAGAGUCCCACGACAACUAUCGAGAGAUGGCUCACCAGGUCCGUCUGCCUCUUCUGCCUGUCUUCGCUCAUGAUGAUCCCAAGAACCCGCCUAAAGCCGAUAACUGGUCCUCUCUUGCGGGGCUAAAAGCUUCCAAGCAUUUUCCCCAAGAGAUCCAAAUUCUAACGCUGGAGGUGUUGCAUGUCAACAAUACUCCUAAGCUCUACUAUGAGAAGGCCUGUGCCGAUCGCCGAUGUGCAUUGCUUCGCGUGGCCCAUACUUAUGCUCAGGAGGAGGGAGGUGCCCCCGUCCAACUUGAUCUAGCUGGGAAAGGAACUCUCUUGAAAGACUUUGAGCUAGGUCCCGGCUUCGAGGUAACCCUCAACGCGGGCAGAGACAUCGAGACCGCUGAGGAGGAACGAUUGAAAUGGUCCGCGCACGGGGUUCAAAGUCAAAGCCCCGUUUAUGAUGGAGGAGGUCACAGCGGCCUCGCAGUUGAUUGGGGAAACGUGGAGCUUCAGCCUCUGCAGAUCCGCACUUUCAUCGUUUCAUUGCUCUUGUGAUACACACAACUCAGCCCAUCUUACAGUAUGUACUUUCUGAAGAGUUUAUUUUCUUGAAUCUUGAUUUCG